GCAGCGACCCCGGGCGGCGGCGGGGGGCCCCGGGCCCCGGGCCGCGGGGAAAGGGCGCAUUUGCUCGGCGGAAGAAACACAGAUGGCGGCGGCGCGGCGCCAUUCCGGGCCGGGAGCAGGCAGCCAGCAGCCCUGUCCUCACCGCGGUCCGCCCGGCGCCGCUAAAUACCCGGAUGCGCCCGCCCGAGCGCCAGACGCGGCGCCGGGCAGCGGGAGGCGGAGCAGCGCGCCGCGCGCCGGGACCCAGCGAGCCCCGCGUCGCCCUCGCACCCGCGCCGGGGCCCCGGGCAUCCAGGCAUCCAGGCGUCCAGCUCGGCGCGGGCCUCCGGGGGGCUUGCCCGAGCCGCCAGCCCGCCCCGGGCGCGCGAUCCCGCUCGGACCCCCGGCCCAGGGGCCGGUCCCGGUCCUCCCCACCGCCUCCCCAGCCCUCGGCCAGGCAGGCGCGUCUCCCCGCGCGCGCGCGCGCGUCUCCCCGCUGGCAGCAUGACCGAGAACUCCACGGCCACCCCGGCCGCCAAGCCCAAGCGGGCCAAGGCCGCCAGGAAGUCCACCGACCACCCCAAGUACUCGGACAUGAUCGUGGCCGCCAUCCAGGCCGAGAAGAACCGCGCCGGCUCCUCGCGCCAGUCCAUCCAGAAGUACGUCAAGAGCCACUACAAGGUGGGCGAGAACGCCGACUCGCAGAUCAAGCUGUCCAUCAAGCGCCUGGUCACCACGGGCAUCCUCAAGCAGACCAAGGGGGUCGGGGCCUCGGGCUCCUUCCGCCUGGCCAAGGGCGACGAGCCCAAGCGCUCCGUGGCCUUCAAGAAGACCAAGAAGGAGGGCAAGAAGGCGCCCACCCCCAAGAAGGCGGCCGCCAAGCCCAAGAAGGCGGCCGCCAAGACCCCCGGCAAGAAGCCCAAGGCGACCCCCGUGAAGAAGGCCAAGAAGAAGCCGGCCGCCACGCCCAAGAAAGCCAAAAAGCCCAAGACUGUCAAAGCCAAGCCCGUGCGGGCAUCCAAGCCCAAGAAGGCCAAGUCGGGGAAGCCCAAAGCCAAGUCCAGCGCCAAGCGGGCCAGCAAGAAGAAGUGACAGCGACGUGUCCCCCGCGCGCGUGGACCCUGCUGCCCGCCUCCUAGUUUUCUGUAAAUACUUUCUCCUCCUUUCUUCUCGCUCCCCCCCGCCCGUCUCCCCGCCCCUCGCCCCUUUUCUCUCGUCUGACUUGGGAGGAGAACGGGGGGUUCCCAGGACCCCGCUUCCAGCCGGCGUGCAAGAAUUCUCAGCCCCGUCCUGAUGGGAACUGCUUGGGGUUCAUUUGUUAUUACUCUA